CACAUCGGACACGUCCUCGCGGUAGUGGCGCGGCACUCGUUCUGCGGUCAGAGUCAGAGUGGCCUAGGCGCUAGCCGAUAAGCCCCGCCCACCGCGCGCGCGCCGCGGCACCAUACCGGGAUGGGCGCCAUGGGCAUCGUCGUCAGAGCAUGCGCGCCUCCCGCUCCCGCCGCCGCGGCCGCGCCGGCACCCUCCGGCUCCAGGGACGCCGGUCAGGCCCAGCGGAGGAGCAAGCCCUCGAGGACCGGCCGUGUGCGCGUGCUCGGCGGCACUGGCCGUGUCGGAGGAUCCACGGCCACCGCACUCUCCAAACUCUGCCCCAAGCUCGGCAUCCUCGUCGGUGGCAGGAACCGGGAGAAAGGCGAGUCCAUUGCAGCCAAGCUUGGGGGCCAGCCUGAGUUCGUCCAGGUCGACACCCGCAACGCAGGCAUGUUGGAGGAAGCGCUGCAGGUGGUAGCUGUUCGCGGAGUUGCCAAACCGGAGGCAGCUGCGACGCCGGCGAGGCGCUCGCGCCCCAUCCCUCUGGCUUCCGUGGCCGUGUGGAGUCUGGUUGCCACUGGCGCCGCAAAUGCUGCCGAGCUAUGGGACCCCUUGGCCCUGCACGGAUCAUCAGGACUCGUCUUGGCUGACCUUGGUAUUGGAGAUUGGUUUGGGGGUUUGCUGUUUUCAGCUGGGCAGCAGGCUAAUGAGGCUGUCCAAGAUCAGUUGUCUGCUCUUAGUUUCUCUAGCCUAGCAGUUAUUUUUGGUGCUGGACUUGUAACUAGUUUAUCUCCUUGUACACUAAGUGUUCUACCACUAACUCUAGGAUAUAUAGGUGCAUUUGGCUCAGGGAAAGGCCGAUCCGAGGUUGUUGGGAAUUCAAUUGCAUUUUCACUAGGACUAGCAACAACCUUAGCCAUUCUUGGUGUUGCUGCUUCUUUUGCUGGAAAGGCUUAUGGUCAGGUAGGACAAGGGCUCCCAGUGGCUGCUUCCGGUUUGGCCAUUAUCAUGGGAUUGAACCUUCUGGAGGUACUUGAAUUGCAACUUCCCUCAUUUUUCAGCGAUUUUGACCCUCGAGCUGCUGCAGCUAACCUCCCUUCAGGUGUACAAGCAUACCUUGCUGGUCUUACAUUUGCAUUGGCAGCAUCACCUUGCAGCACACCUGUUCUUGCUACCCUUCUGGGAUAUGUCGCCACUUCAAGAGACCCAAUUAUUGGAGGAAGUUUAUUGUUGACAUACACAACGGGCUAUGUUGCGCCUCUUCUUAUUGCAGCUUCAUUUGCUGGAGCACUGCAGAGUUUGUUGUCAUUCAGAAGAUAUUCGGCAUGGAUAAACCCAAUCAGUGGUGCAUUUUUACUUGGUGGAGGUGUUUAUACCCUACUGGACAGGGUGUUUCCAGCAACAUCAAUGGUCAUGUAGACCAUGGUUGGACAAGAAUUGCUAGGCACCAGUCUGUUUGGCGUGCGAAUGAUAUUUGGAUGUGAAGUAGUGAAAUGAUGGCAACAAAGUUUAGCCAGAUCUCUCAGCGUUGUAUAGGCACGCAGGACAUUUUGAUCGGGACAAGCAAAGCACCUUGACCUAAGUACAGUAGUCUGCAUCACUGUAUCUGUAUGGGCCUCGAUACUUGGGGCCGGUCUACCCUACUAAAAUGUAUUUCUGGGACAGAUUGAAAGAGUAUGAAAUUUAUAUAAGACCUUGUUCGGUUAAUCCCGUUAUCCAUGAUUGGAUGGAACUGGAAAAAAUUAAGAUCACUGUAUCUGUAUGGGCCUCGAUACUUGGGGCCGGUCUACCCUACUAAAAUGUAUUUCUGGGACAGAUUGAAAGAGUAUGAAAUUUAUAUAAGGCCUUGUUCGGUUAA